GCUGUCGUCUUCAUGGUCUGCCUGAGACGAAGGAGAAAGAGAAGAAGGGAACAAGACAACGCACAAUCGAUUGUCAGCUUUGUACCGGAUGACAUUGCAAUCCAUAUGAGGAGGUUGGAGGAGAUGGUCCCGCUGGUUCCUGCCCGACCACAGUUCCCGAAGUUAGAGACCGACCCCGGCCGGGUGACGCUUGGUGAGAAGAUCGGCAGCGGGGCGUUCGGCAUCGUUUACCGGGCAACUCUGACGAGGAACGACAGGACAGAGGACGUCGUCGUAAAAACUGUUAAAGAACACGCUAGUGAUGAAGACAAGCUGGGUUUCUUGGAGGAAAUCCGUGCAGUUGUGGACCUGGGGGUUCAUAAGAACCUGUUGGGUCUAGUCGGCUGCUGUACGGUGGUGCGAGACCAUCUGUAUCUCAUCACGGAGUUCAUGCCAUACGGAGACCUAAAGAACUUCUUGAGAAAAUGCCGGGAGGAAGAGACCUCUGACGAAACUCGAGACGAUAUCUACGACUUUGAGGUGAUACAGAUGUAUCAGGUGGCCCGGCAGAUCGCCAGAGGCAUGGAUCACAUCGCCCGAUCUCGUUACGUCCACGGAGACCUGGCCGCUCGGAACGUGUUGGUCGGAAAACGCCUGCAUGUGAAGAUUUCUGACUUCGGGCUGGCAGAAGACAUGUAUACACGAGGUUACCGUCGGCAGGACCGGCUCCAGAGGGUGCCCAUAAAGUGGAUGGCGCCGGAGCGGCUGGAGGAUGGGAAAGCCUACACCACACAGAGCGAUGUGUGGUCCUUCGGGAUAGUGCUGUACGAGAUAUGUUCGCUAGGGGGCGAUCCUUACCCUGGUGUGGCAGUAUCCGAGCUGAAACACCGCCUGCAGACUGGAUUCAGGAUGGAACAGCCCGAAGACUGUCCCCGAGCCAUGUACGAUGUGAUGCAGCAGUGCUGGCGCUGGCAGCCCAUCCAGCGGCCGUCCUUCAAUAUGUUGUAUCUAACAUUGGACAAGCAUCUCGCCUUCUACGGACCCGAGUACUUUCUUAAUUGA